CCCCGGCCUCUGUAGCAGCUGCAGUGACUCCGCCCCGCUGAUGCUCCGGAGAGGAGGAAGAAAGAUGGCGGAGCGGCAGCUUGGGCUGGCAGAGGAAAGCACAGAGAGCUGUGGGUCAAAUAUGAGCGAUAACCUGGGAAUCCUGCAGCCAUCAUCUCCUUCCUGUUGACUGUUACACUUUUCAACUUUUUGGAAACUUGAAUAUAGUUAAGCUGUGAGCAAAGGAAAAACAUAAAGCAUCCUUAAACCAUGGCAACCCACAUCUUGUAAUAUCUGGUAUCUGCUGUUAGGUUUUUUUCUGCUAUUUCCUUCCAGCUGAUUUUUUUAGUAUUUGACAUUUUGGAGUGAGAUCUCUUCAUCGCAGUAAUCCAACAAAAUCUAGCAUUGAUCUUGCGGGCUCGCCCCAUCGACAAAAGAGAAGAUGUUUUCGGCUUUAAAGAAACUCGUGGGGUCGGAUGUAGCCGGCAUUAAAGAUAAGAAUAUCCCCGCUGGACUUCAGUCCAUGAACCAGGUGCUACAGAGGCGGUUCGCCAAAGGAGUACAAUAUAAUAUGAAGAUAGUCAUUCGGGGGGACAGGAACACCGGAAAGACCACUCUAUGGCAUCGGCUGCAAGGAAAGAAGUUUGUAGAAGAAUAUAUUCCCACUCAGGAGAUCCAGGUCACCAGCAUACAUUGGAACUACAAGACCACUGAUGACAUAGUGAAAGUAGAGGUUUGGGAUGUGGUCGAUAAAGGGAAAGGCAAGAAGCGAGGAGAAGGUGGACUGAAGUUGGAGAAUGAGCCUCAAGAGGGGGAUGCUGACCUGGCGCUGGAUGCAGAGUUUUUGGAUGUUUACAAAAAUUGCAAUGGGGUGAUCAUGAUGUUUGACAUUACCAAGCAGUGGACAUUUAACUAUAUUAUGAGGGAGCUCCCCAAGGUACCAAGCCAUGUGCCAGUGUGUGUUCUUGGCAAUUUUCGUGACAUGGGGGAACACCGCGUCAUUUUGCCCGAUGAUGUGCGGGAUUGUAUUCAGGGCCUUAACAGACGGCCUGGCUCUUCCUACAUUCGCUAUGCUGAGUCUUCCCUGAAGAACAGCUUUGGACUGAAAUAUUUGCACAAAUUCUUUAACAUCCCUUUCCUCCAGCUCCAGAGAGAAACCUUGUUACGACAGUUGGAGACAAAUCAGCUGGACAUUGAUGCUACCCUGGAAGAGCUGAAUGUGCAACAAGAGACGGAGGAUCAGAAUUACGAAAUAUUUCUAGAGAUGUUAGAGAAUAAUAUGCGUCUAGCGUCUCCAGUAGCAACCAAUGGGCAGAGUCCGUCUUCCGGCUCACAGUCUCCUGUGGUCCCCAUCACCUCUGGGUCUCCUGACAGCUCCGGCGCUGGAACUCCACUUCAGAUGCCCACUCCUACCCUGGUUGCUUCUCCACCACCUCCAGCAGCUGAGGUUUCUGAUACAUCUGGCGCAUCUCCAUCUACAGUGUCCUCUCCGCCGCUGUCCCAGCAGUCUCAGCAGAAACGUGGUUUCAUGUCAAGGCUCUUUGGAUCUUCUACAGCAGAGAGUCCACCAGCCAAACCAGCGGAGACUCCAACGCAUGCUGAGCUAGUGAAAGUCCAGAGUGUGGAGGACUUCGUUCCUGAUGAGAGCUUAGAUCGCAGUUUCCUGGAGGACGGCGCAACUCCGAAUCAACCAGAAAGACCCCCUCCUCGAGACAGGAGAGACAGCGAUAGUGAUGUGGAUGUACCUGGCUCAAAUCCCAUGGUGGCUGGCUUUCAGGAUGAUUUGGAUCCUGAUGAUAGAGUAGCCCCGAAAUCUACUCUACCUGUCAUGCCCAGCAAGACCAUCACUCUGUCCAGCGACGAGGAAGGACCCAUUUCCUCUGUGCAAAUAGCUGGAGACGAAGACAUAGACUCUGAGCUAUAUUCUUGGAAACCCUCUAAAGUCUCAGCACCUCAGACUCACCCCGAGAAACCAGUCUCUGCCCCCACCCUUGUACCGACAUCUAGCAAAUCCAAGAAAGCAAAAGUCAAGGUCCAAGAGGAGUCAGAGAGUGACCAGGAGGGUCCGAUCGCCACACAAAUGCUUUCCUUUGUUAUGGACGACCCAGAUUUUGAUAGUGAAGAUUCAAACCCUGUUCCAAAGUCUCAGGAUUCAUUCCCAGUGCUGAAUAACUUGUCGGACAGCUCCACUGAAGAGACCACAUCCUCUCGUCCUUCAGAGCAAGUAAAGCCUCCAACAGCCGCUUUUAAAAUGAGAGAAGAUGAUCUGUUUGGUUUAGGGUUUGAGGACAAAGAGCCUAAGGACAGCGAGGAAGAUAAAGAGAGUAAGACAAGCAAAGAGAAAGAGAAAAAGAAAAAGAAGAAGAAGAGCAAAGAGGCUCCAGAAGAGGAAAAAUCUAGCAAAAAAAAGAGUAAACAUAAGAAAGGCAAAGACAAAGAAGAGGGGAAAGAGGAGAAAAAGAAAAAAACCAAGAAGACAAAGGAAAAGGAUGACUUUGAUGAACUGGAGGCCUUUCUUGGUGGAGCAGCUCCAAGUCUACCACGCUCAGGUGGGGAAUAUGAGGAGCUCUAGGUGGUCCAUCAAGUUGUGUGCUCAUGCUCCUUCAUGGAUCCUGAUCCUCUGCCUCCCUCACCACAUACUUAUUCUAGAGCAAGCACAACCUUGUUCUUUUGUAUGAUGGCACCCCCAGUGGGGAGUACGAGAGUUGAUAGGUGGAGAAGAACCAUUUUAUCAACCAGACUGCUUCAUCUUCUCCUCAUCUUCCUCUUCCAUUGAUCAUAUCACCUCACCCAGAGCUCAGCUAAUGAGAAGAACGUGUACGCUCGAGUGGCAGUCACACUCAGGAGGAACCAAUUUUUAUUGCCCACUCAAAAAGACCUUAUUCUCUUUCUUCUCAUGGACAAAACCAAUGAGAACUUUGCCUGGAUCUGUAAUGGUUGUCACCAGUGGGAGCAGAGAUAAUUAACGGGAGUAAAUGGUUGGUUGUCCGUGAUCAUAUACUUUUAAAAACCAAAAACACAACAUUGGCCGUUCUGCACUAUACCACAUGCUGCUUGAAAACUCUUUGCACUUCCAUUUAACACUGCGGUCUCACUAGUGAACUUGCCUGGUUCUGAAUAGUUCUAAGGUUGGGUGGUUCUCGGAAGGACCAAAGUCACUUUUACCAGCAUGUGUCUGACCGCAGCAUAUCCACGAUUGACAUUCGUUUUUAUUGCAACAAGUUUGCUACUGUAGGUCACUCCUUUCUUUUUAAGGUCACAGUUCUUUUACGUUCCCUAAUUUAGGUUUUACACUUUUUUUUUUUUUUUGUUCUUUACACCAGGGAAGUGCAUUUAAAUCCGGAGACUGAACUAUUCUGCAGGCGGUACUCGUUAACUCUUCUUGACAUCAAAGGCAGACAUUUUAAUCUGCCACCAAUAUUUCCAGGCUCUUCCCAGUUGGAUGAAGAUUUCAAGGGGGGGAGGCAGAGUUAUUGGUCUUUUUUUUUUUUUUUUUUUUUUUAAUUCACAGUGGAGUGGGAUAGCCGUUAAGUUAUAAGGUUUUGUGGGGGUUUUUUCCCCCUUCUUUCGAUUUUUCGUUUUUGUGGUGCGGUCAUGUGUGUGUUUGUCCCUUGUUACAUUUGACUGUUUUCGCCUCAUGUGCGUUUGAAGUGAUAAACUACUUUUACUGGUGACCAAAUUUUAAUUUUUAGAACCACAUUUCCUGAAUUUUUAAGUUCAUUCCGGUUGUCUAAAAUGAUAAGCUCAUUCCAGUUUCCUUGGCCUUCUGGUAUUGACUUACUUCCAUCUAAAACCACCACCAUUGCUUGUUCUUAACCCAAAUCCUAGUAGCUGAUAGACCCUGAUUGGCCCACAAGCAAGGGCAUCCCCUGGCCUUAAAGUGAUAUUAAAGGCUUGGUUUAAAAACAAUCAUGCCAUACUUUCCUGCUCUGUACAGUGAUUUUGCACAGAGCAGCCCUGAUCCUCCUCUUCUCAGGUCUGAUGCUGGCUCUCCGGUCUCCAAAGCAACCAGCUUGCUAUGGGGGCCACUGCUCUGUGUCCAUUCACCCCCCUCCCCCCCACUCUUUUCUCAUUGGCUGUCAUUGACAGUAGUGGGAGCCAGUGGCUACCGCUGCUGUUUCAGUCAAUGAGGAGGGAGAGAGCUGCCGCUCUCGUGCACAACGCUGGGUCAGGAUGGGGCUCAGGUAAGUAUUAGGGGGUUGAGGGCACUAAUGCACAUAAUGCAUGAAGAUUAAGAAUCGAGAGACUUUACGAUGACUUAGAUCAGUCUAUUAAAAGGCAUAAUCCACUCAACCGUAAUCCACGUUUCACUUUCAGUCUAUGGAGAAUAGCCCACAUUCCAAAACUGCUGAAGUCUGGUGUUCUGUAGUUCAUAGAAUUUUCCAGAUUUGUCUUUGCUGUCACAUCCACUAUUAAAGAACUGUAUUUUUUAAGAGUUCUAAAAGUAUAUUCAACCAGUUAUAGUAGCCACUGCCUAUCUGUAAAAGCUGCAGCCAGUCCGUGGUUUUAUUCAGGUGAUAUGUGAAGAAUGACCAAACUGCUCACUUGUGGAUAUCAGAAUUAGGGGAUGGAGUUCAGCUAAUUUUUUUUUUUAUCGAUUUCGUGCUAAUUUCGGUGCUAUCACAGAGGUAUGAGGCACGCAUUACUUCUCUUUGUUUAGACUUCAGCUCCUAGAAGUCUUUUCAGCUUCUCGUGCGACGACUUGUGUGCAGGCUGCACCUUCAUUUUGUUUUACUGUAGGUAAUGCAGGCCAUUAUCAAGUCCCUGCUCAAACUCUUCCAGGGAUAACAAUUACUCAGAAUUGUUGCACACCAACUGAAAGUUAAUAUCGGUCUUAAAGUGGGAAUGGCCACUUUGUGAAGGCAUAGGCCAGUGAUGGCGAACCUUGGCACCCCAGAUGUUUUGGAACUACAUUUCCCAUGAUGCUCAACUACACUGCAGAGUGCAUGAGCAUCAUGGGAAAUGUAGUUCCAAAACAUCUGGGGUGCCAAGGUUUGCCAUCACUGGCAUAGGCAAAUGCAGCAGGCUUGGGUAAUUCUGCUUGCGUUGGGAAUAUUCUUAGGGGUUGAUUUACUAAAACUUGAGUGCAGCUCUGCUUAAAAACCGAUCCGCUUCCAGUUUUAAUUAAACUGGAUUAACCUGUACAAAUUAGAAGCGGAUUGUCUGCCAUGCAAAGCUGCACCAGAUUUUGCACCCUCCAGUUUUAAUAAAUCAACCCCCUAUGUUUAACUAGAGUUCCUUCAUAGGAGCUUUGUCCCUGAGUUUUAACUCUUAAGCUGCUUUUGCAUUCCUGUUGACAUGUAUAGGGGUGAAAAGGAGCUCCCAUGUGAUCAAAGGCCUGUGUACGGUGGCUCUUAAGAUGAUGGGCAGGAAGAAAGGGCACUUAAAUGGGCAUACACAAGACCGACUUUGGGUUGGAAAUUCCUUAGUUGUGCAAAAAGGCAGAAGGUGGGGUAGUGGCAUGGAGUUGGCAGAAUGGCAAUGUAACUGUAAUACAAAUCCUAUAAACAUUUCCUAAAUGUUUUUCCUAUUAUUGUAGCUGGUCAGCGUUUCCUAUAUCUUCUGCCUAUUCUGAGACUUGUUUAUGUUCAUUUUGGACAGUUGUUCCCCCUAUCAUAUUUUUGUGUUUCCAGACCUUUUAUCAAUUGAGGUUGAUGGUGUCUUCUUGACCCAUUUUGAGGAACAAAACCUCUUGGCAAAACUGCACAGUGGGCAACUUUAUGUCAGAGGGUUUGAUGGGAAAAUGUCUGUGUUGUCCCUAGCAACUAGAUCCUUCCUGUGAUUGGUCACUUUUGGCAGCACAGACUGUUCUCCUUGUUUCAGGCCCUGGUGAUGGUGGCAGGUGACUGUAUCAGUGUGUAUUCCCUUUCACAAUGUUCUUGAUACAGAAUUUCAAACAUAGCAUUGACCUCAGUGGAAAAGGAGAGUUCUAUUUUCAUAAAGAGUUGAGUUUAUUUGGUCCCAGGGGUUGAUCCGUGGUUGCGAUUUGGCAUGGUGCAAUCGUGGAUUGAGUCAAGGUAGCCAUUUUGUUCAUCUUUUGAUAGCUACGGCAUCCACAGCCUAGAGCUGUCCUGGGUGUCAAAGCAACUGUAUGUCAUUGAGCAAAAUAAAUGAAAUACAUUGUGUGUAA